AUGCCUGCGGGAACUCUUGGAGUACUUCUUGUUGGUGCUAAGGGUCUUGAAAACUCUGAUUUUCUUUGUGACAUGGACCCGUAUGUCAUCCUGACUUGCAGUUCCCAGGAGCACAAAAGCACUGUUGCUUCAGGACAAGGUAGCGAACCAGAGUGGAAUGAGAAUUUCUUAUUUACCAUAUCCGACAGUGUGACAGAACUUACAUUGAAAAUAAUGGACAGUGACUCAGGUUCUGCUGAUGAUUUCCUUGGCGAAGCAACGUGA